AAACCCUUGAUUGCCUUCUCUACUGGGUUCGGCCGUUUCAACGUCGAUUCCCUUAAAACCCAUCAUCACUACAGCCUCUCUCUCUCUCUCUCUCUCCAAACACUUACACAUAUUAGUAAGAAGAGAUUCACUUGUUUGUUUUUCAAUCACUCAACGACGUCGUUUUCCUCUUCCGCCGCCCUGAACACAAGCCAAUAAGCUGAAGAGAAAGAAGGCUAUCGUGUGAGAAUACUUCAGUGUGGAAACUGUUGGAGCUGGAUGUACAAAAGCUUACUAUAACAGUGAAAAAAGUCAUUUUCUUAUAUAACCGAUUUAAAACUGGCUGGAACAAAUCAUUUGUAAAGACACACUUCUUUUGGAAUCUGUCAAGUAAUGCAGCAGAAAAGCGAACAAAACUCAUCUCCCCAAAAUGGUUGUCUGCAGGAUGCUGCCAAACCAUCCAAGAAAAGGCAAAGAGCUAAUGGUAUCUUAUUUGAUCAGGAGCGUUGCAACCAUGACAUUGCUAAAAUGACAAUUCUACAUGAUUAUUCUCUUGAUAUUUUGAAACACCCGGGUUUCGUUGAUUUCGUGCAGACUCUUUGUCCCCAGUUCAAUCCAUCAUGUUUGAAUUCCGUUGAAGGGUUUUGUGUUUCUAUGUACCUCAGAGAGAAGCAAAAUCUGUUAGAUCUCAUUAAUAGGAUUCCUGGACGACUCAACCUGACGUUGGACUUGUGGACUUCAAACCAGUCAACAGGGUAUGUUUUUAUUCGAGGACACUUCAUUGAUAGCGAUUGCAACUUACAUCAUCCUAUUCUCAAUGUUGUUACAGUACCUUUUUGCGAUUCCGAUGAUUCCCUAACCCAAGCCGUAAUGACCUGCUUAUCUGAUUGGCAUUUGGAGGGUCGGGUACUUACCCUUGCAGUCGAUAAAUCUUUCGCAAGUGAGAGUGUGAAGGUAAAUUUGCAAGGCCAUCUCUCUGUUAAUAACCAUGUGAUUCUCAGUGGUCAGUUAUUAAACCAGAAUUGUUAUGCCCGUGUUCUCAGUCGCCUUGCACUAGAUGCACUACAAGCAAUGGGAGAAACUAUUAGCAAAGUUCGUAAGUGUGUGAAAUUUGUGAAAUUUUCUGAAUCUCAUGAAGAGAAGUUUAUUGAGCUUAAACAACAACUUCAAGUACCUAGUUUGGUGAACCUUUUGAUUGAUGACCGAUAUAAAUGGGAUACAACAUACCAUAUGCUCGUAGCUGUCUGUGAAUUAAAGGAAGUCUUCGCUUGCUUUGAUACCACUUGUCCCGAUUUCACAAUGACUCUAACUAUGGACGACUGGAAUCAGGUUGAAACUCUCCGCACAUAUUUGAAGUAUUUGUAUGAUGCAGCUCAAGUUUUAACUGCCAGACCGCACCCAACUGCGAACUUAUAUUUUCACGAAGUCUCAAAACUUCAUAUGGAGUUGACCAAUGCAGCCUUUGGUCAUGAUCCUUUUCUCAGUAGUUUGAUUUUGCCUUUGCACAAGAAUUUUGAUCAGUAUUGGACAGAAAGCUGUCUCAUGUUGGCAGUUUCUGUAGCCGUGGACCCGAGGCAUAAAAUGAAACUUGUGGAAUCCACCUUCGCUAAGAUAUUUGGAGAUAAUGCCGAACCAUGGAUAAGAAUAGUUGAGGAUGGCCUUCAUGAACUAUUCAUUGAUUAUAACACUGAUAUGCUUCAUUUUACGGCAUCAAUUGGCGAUGAAGGGGAUGAUAUUAUGUCGAGGACAGAACCAUAUGAAGGGCCAGUUGAUGGUUCUCUUUUUGUUGAUGAAGGUGGAAUUUCCGACUUUGAGUUUUUUAUAUCUGAUUUUACUUGUAUGCAGCAAUUCAAGUCGGAAUUGGAUGAAUAUUUGGAAGAACCUCUUCUGUCCGAUGUAAAAGAAUUUGAUAUUCUGAGUUGGUGGAGAGUAAAUCAACCGAAGUAUCCAACACUAUCUAGACUCGCAUCUGAUAUUUUGUCAAUGUCGAUAUCCACUGUGUCUGCAGAUUCUGUUUUUGACACAGAAAUUAGAAAAAUGGAUAACUACCGUAGUUCGUUAGACUCUCGUACUCUUGAAGCCCUUAUUUGUGCCAAGGACUGGCUCCGAUAUAAAUCUAUACCUAAAAAUGUUUCAAAUACACUUGAGAAAAUGAAACUUUAGAAGGAAGUGAUAGAAUCUCAAGUAACUACUAGGUAUUCGUUCAAAUUUUGAAACAAUUGUUCAGGUCAAUUAAUUUGUGUGAUAAUUGUCAAUAUAUGUUUUUAUAGAAUAGAUAGAUAUUGAUUCUAUUCGAACUU